CAAGCCGAACGAUCCCAAAGAGACUCGUCUGACUCCGAGUAGGGCUUUUGGUUUGCUUCAGUCUCUCACAGACACUCCUCUCCACUAUCAAUAAGGGGGCAGAGAGAGAGAGAGGCCAAUAACUCACACUUCAAUCUACUCUGUUUUCCACCACUAGAGUGUUUGUAUGAUGGGAGAGAGAAUCACCCCUGGGAGUUACUUCCAGUACCCUCCUCCUCCUGGAGUCCAUGCUUCUCCGCACAGGUCUUCUUCUGUUCCUGUGGAUCGAGAAAGUGGCAGGUAUUUGGCUGAAUUACUGGGAGAAAGGCAGAAGUUGGUGCCAUUCAUUCAAAUUUUGCCUCACUGUAACAGACUUAUUAGUCAAGAAAUUAGACGGGUAUCAGGAGGUUUCAAUCCAAGUUUUGUAGAUCAUGAAAGACUUGAGCAUGAGAGUCCACUUCGGUCAUUAAAUCAGCUUCCAUAUGGCAGACCAAUGGAUUUGGAGGGAUGGCCUGCAAUGCAAGUGGAGGAAAAUGGACAUUCUCAAAGAAUAGCUCCAUACCAAUCUCCUUCCAUGGGAUGGUCUGGCGCGCAAGGAAUUCCUUCUACUCCUAAUGUAAAGAAAGUGGUUAGAUUGGAUGUUCCAGUUGACAAAUAUCCAACUUAUAACUUUGUUGGCCGAAUUUUGGGACCUCGGGGAAACUCUUUGAAAAGAGUUGAAGCUGUGACAGAAUGUAGGGUGUACAUAAGAGGCCGCGGCUCUGUAAAAGAUUCUGUAAAGGAAGAGAAACUAAAAGACAAACCCGGGUAUGAACACCUAAAUGAGCCGUUGCACGUGCUCGUGGAAGCUGAAUUUCCAGAAGAUGUAAUAAAUGCACGCUUGGAUCGUGCGGUGGGAAUUCUAGAGAAUCUUUUGAAGCCUGUGGAUGAGUCCUUAGAUCAUUACAAAAAGCAACAAUUGAGGGAAUUGGCCGUGCUGAAUGGGACACUGAGGGAAGAAAGUCCUAGCAUGAGCCCCAGCAUGAGCCCAAUCAUGUCUCCUUUUAACAGUACAGGAAUGAAGCGAGCCAAGACAGGGAGAUGACCACUUUAGGCUGUUAAUGAGCGAAUUUGUGUAACUGUGGCCGCCUAAUUUACUGAAAGACCUGAUGAUUUCCUGGUUAAUAUUGUCUACUACUGAGCCUGAGGAGGAGGCUGGCAUUGACAAAAACUGAUGGUUGAACACACACUCCUCUCCUGAGUACAUUUUUGGGCUCUCUGCUAUAUAAUUGUUUGGCAUCCUCUCCUGGCAAAGCUUACUUCUUCUGCAUCUGCAUCAAUAUAUUCUCUUAUUCAUUUUGCUCAACACACUCUGGUUUUCCAUUCUUUCAUGUAUCAUUCCUCCCAAAUAAUACAUUCUAUUAUUAUUAUUAUAUUCAUUAGUUUAUUAUUAUUCGUAACUUGUAGCCAGUUGCUGCUGCAGCUGAGUUGUGAAACACUUCUUGACGUCCUUAUUGGUAGAUUCUUUUCAUUAACUAGUUUGUUAUGACUUGAAAAUAAAGAAAUUUCAGUUUGUAUUA